AUGGUAUUCCCGAAGGAGGAGUGCAUGAAGAUAUCGACGAGGGGGGACCCCAACAAGUACUGCAAGUUCCACUGGCAGAAAGGGCACGAUACAGACGAGUGCAUCCUCCUAAAAAGACAAAUCGAGCAGUUCAUCCAAAUGGGCUACCUCGGCCAAUUCAUCAAGAAGCCCGGCCAGGCGCAGGAUCAGGCCCAGGGCCAGAAGCAGAGCAAUGUAUGGCGGAAGGGGGGUGGCCAGGCGCCAUCCACCUCGGCUCCUCCCCGCAAGAGGGACCACCACGACCACAGUUCUGAGGAGGAGGAUGAUUGCUGUAAUUUGGGCAAAUAUGUGAUAACAUCAGAGGAGAAGACGACGGAGGACUCCCAGCCCCCGAGGAAACGGGCCAUCUACGUCAUCUUCGGGGGGCCCGAGGGAGGGGACUCGCCAGCCGAGCAGAAGAGGUGGGCGAGGAGCUUGUACGUGGGGGAGGUCACACGUACCCCCCAUGAGAAGAAACCAAAGAGGGAGCCCAUCACGUUCACCGACGCCGACCUGCCAGACGGGCCCCUCCCCCACCGAGACGCCCUGGUGGUCAAGCUGGACAUCAACAACGUGGUGGUGCACCGGGUGCUCGUAGACACGGGUAGCUCGGUGAACGUCAUGUACUACGACACGUUCACCCAGCUGGGACUCUCAAGAGGGCAGCUGGCGCAGCAGCGCAAAAGGUACCUCUCCGCCGAGAGGAGGGAGUUCGUCAAAAAGGAAGUCGACACACUGCUGGAGAUUGGUCAUGUUAGGGAGGUCAUAUACCCCACCUGGCUGGCCAACGUAGUCCUCGCCCCAAAGCCGCCCACCUGGAGGAUGUGCGUGGACUACACCGACCUCAACAAGGCUUGCCCUAUGGACCCCUUUCCCCUCCCCAACAUCGAUCAGCUGGUGGACGAGACUGCAGGGUGUGCCCUUAUGAGCUUCCUAGAUGCGUUCAGGGGGUACCACCAAAUUUUUAUGGAGGAGGCUGACGAGGAGAAGACAGCCUUCACCACGCCAGAGGGGGUCUAUUGCUACAAGGUUAUGGCUUUCGGACUGAAAAAUUCAGGUGCCACCUACACCCGAAUGGUGGCCAAGGUGUUCAAGCAGGUCCUCGGUCGCAACCUCCAGGCCUACGUCGACGACAUGAUCGUCAAGAGCACCGACGCCGACCUCCACACAGAUGAGCUUACCGAGGUAUUUUCAAUUAUGCAACGCUUCAAUUUACGGCUGAACCCCAAAAAGUACACCUUCGGGGUGCACGGGGGGAAAUUUUUGGGGUACAUGGUCUCGAAGAGGGGCAUUGAGCCCAACCCCAACAAGGUCAAGGCCAUCCUGGACAUGGAACCUCCGAGGUCCCUCCGGGAGGUCCAGCGCCUCAACGAGCGAUUGGCAACCCUGGGCCGUUUCCUUUCGAGGUCGGCCGAGAAGGCCUUACCGUUCUUUGGAGUCCUAAAAAAGACUAAAGGCUUCGAAUGGUCCGAGGAGUGCCAGAAGGCGUUCGAAGACCUCAAGACGUACCUAAUGUCGCUCCCCCCCCCCCUGGCCAAACCCGUUAAGGGGGAGGUCCUAUAUCUAUACUUGGGCAUCUCGCAGGCCGCGGUCAGCUCUGUGCUGGUCCGGGACGACGAGGGGGUCGAGCGGCCCGUAUACUCCACGAGCCGAGCUCUACGGGGAGCAGAGAUCAGGUACACACCCGUGGAAAAGGCCAUUUUUGCAGUAGAUGCGACGGCAAAGAAGCUGAACCACUACUUCCAGGCCUACCCCGUGCAGGUCCUCACCAACCAGCCGCUAGACGCAGUACUGAGGGCCUCGGGGUCGGCAAGCAGGCUGGUCAGGUGGGCCAUGCGGCUGAGCCAGUUUGACAUCCAGUUCAAGCCCCGACCCGCCAUCAAGGGGCAGGCGCUGGCUGACUUUAUAGUCGAGUGCACUGCCCGAGAGGCAACGGAGCGGGUCAGGGACGAAGACGAGGAGUGGUGGACCCUCUCAACGGACGGGUCCUCCAGCACCAAAAGCUGCGGGGGUGGAGUCGUCCUCAUAACACCGGAGGGGUUUCGGGCCUACUACGCCCUCCGCUUCGCGUUCAAAUUGUCCAACAACGAGGCCGAGUAUGAAGCACUCCUGGGAGGGCUCUGCCUCGCACUAAAUAUGAGGGUGGAGAAGCUCAAAAUCCGAUGUGACUCUAGACUCGUGGUGGGACAGGUCACAGGUGAAUUUGAAGCAAGUGAUGAAAGAAUGAGGAGGUACCGGGACGUGGUGCUCCAGCUACUGGGGCAGCUGAUCAAUUAUGAGGUCCUACAGGUACCCCGAGACCAGAACACAGAUGCUGACAUGUUAUCCAAGCUCGCCCAAGGGGCCCCGGAACAUAUCUCCAAGAUAGCCCGAAUUGAAGAUUUCAAGAGGUCGAACCUGGAUGCCUACCCGGUCCUACCCGUGCAAAUCCGACCUCCCUGCUGGUUGGACCACCUCAAGGAGUAUAAGAAGACAGGCACGCUACCUCCCGACGAGGUCGACGCCAAGCUGGUGAAACGGCGGGCCCCCACGUACGUGGUCAUGGGGGACAUACUCUACAAGAGGUCCUAUAACGGCGCCUUGCUACGUUGCUUGUACCCAGACGAAGCCAGGUCAGUCAUGGAAGAAAUCCACGAAGGGACCUAUUCAGCCCACCAGGGGGCCUUCGCCAUGUCCCGGAGGGCCAUCUUACAGGGGUACUUUUGGCCCAAAAUGGCCAAGGACUGUGCCGACUAUGCCCGGGGUUGCGAGACCUGCCAACACUUCCAAGUCACCCCCGGCCGGCCAGCCACGAGCUACACCCCCAUCAGCUCGGUCAUCCCCUUCUCCAGGUGGGGAGUGGACCUAGUGGGAGCUCUGCCCAUGGGGUCGGGAAAAAGGAAGUACCUCAUAGUAGCAGUGGACUACUUCACCAAGUGGGUAGAGGCGGAACCGCUGGCAACCAUAACAAGUGCCCGUUGCAAGCACUUUGUGUACAAAAAUAUUUUGUGUCGUUUUGGGGUCCCGAUGCAACUCAUCACCGACAACGGACGCCAAUUCGAGGGGCAAGAGUUCGAGGGAUUCUGUGCAGAAUGGCACAUUACCCACAGCCGGGUAGCAGUAUGCUACCCUCAAGCAAAUUGCCAGGUGGAAAAUGCCAACCGCACCAUUGUGGGUGGCCUGAAAAAGAAACUGGAAUCCACGGGGGGAGCGUGGGUGGAGGAGCUCGACGCCAUUCUUUGGGCCUACCGCACCACCCCCCGGAGGGCUACUGGGGAGACGCCUUUUUCCUUAGCCUACGGUUUCGAAGCCCGAGCUCCAACGGAGGUAGUCAUACCUUCCCGACGGGAGGAGGACUACGACCCUGACACGAACGAGGAGCACCAUAGAAUUGACCUCCACAUGAUUGAUGACAGGCGCGAAGCAGCCACGAUUCGAGCUGAAAACUACCAGAGGCAGACCAAGGCAUAUCACGAUAAGCGGGUCCGACCCCGCUAUUUCCAAGUGGGUGACUAUGUGCUCAGGAGAAGGGAGGCGAGCCAGCCCCAAGCCGGAGGAAAGUUUGCCCCUAAUUGGGAGGGCCCGUACAUUAUAGCAGCCGUGGCCCGCCCGGGCAGCUACAAGCUCAAAACUCCCAAAGGAAAGAUGAUAGCCAGGGUUUGGAAUUCAGAGCACCUGCUGAAAUUUUAUCAGUAG